AUGGCAGACAGACAGGACAAUGAGGUAAUUAACUGAGGUUCAUGUUUUUGUAGCCCUGAGCUGUCACUAGUGCUAGCUUGUUAUGCUAACUAACUAACUUCUCCAAUUAAUUUCAAGUAAUUUGAGCUGGGGGUGUUGCAAAGCGCUCGCGCAUGAGCUGACCUAGCAGACUAUGGUGAAGGAAGUGGAGUUUAGUCCGCUAGAAGUGAGCAUACCAAAGAUAAUGGACACACAUAUGCUGUCGAAUACAGGGGACAAUUACAACAAUUAGCUAGCCAUAUCAAACAUAUCUUAUGCAUUAGCUUGACAGGCCAUAUUAAGCUAUAGACAGGGUGUUUUGCCAGUGUCAUGCCGUGCGUCACAUGAGUCGAAUUGGAAUCAGAUUGCUGCUCAUUCAGCUUUGCAGUGAUGUCACCCACCGUAUGGCAUAUGAUACUGUCAGGAAGACUUCACACCCAGAAUAUGCAAAUUGAUUUAAUGUAGUAUUGUAGUUUAAUGUGAUUAAGACACGUUAUAACAGAAGUCAAGUCUCUUCUUGCUAAUAUGUAGGCUAUUAAACCACAAUACUGCACAAAGGGCACAGAGUCCAUCCCUUGCAGACGAGAUACAUACAUGUCCAUUUUAGUCAUUUAGCAGACGCUCUUAUACAGAGCGACUUACAGUUAGUGAGUGCAUACAUUUUCAUACCCCCGUGGGAAACGAACCCACAAACCUGGCGUUGCAAGCGCCAUGCUCUACCAACUGAGCUACAGGGGACUACCUGUCUGUAGUCAGAACUGUCUGUGACCUCUGUACUCAUUAACACAAUUUAUUAUUUUUGUUCAUGAGAAUGUCAAAGUUCAUCAAUAUGUUAGCAGAAGCAGGGGCCAGGACAACAUCCUGACUCUUCUCAAAGGGCUCUGUCAUUUUUUCACAAGACAACACCAUAUUUUUUUUCUUCUUCUUCUUCUUCUUCUUCUUCUUCUUCUUCUUCUUCUUCUUCUUCUUCUUCUUCUUCUUCUUCUUCUUCUUCUUCUUCUUCUUCUUCUUCUUCUUCUUCUUCUUCAGGUGGAGGAGGCAGACCAGGUGUACCUGCUGAUGAAGGAGGAGUACCGUAUCUCACGCAACGUACGUCUGGCCUGGUUCCUGGGAAAGCUCAACCAGGUCAUCUGGCCUGCCCCAAAGUCUGAACUGGUGGGUUAACUAGCUCUACUGGAGGAGAUGUAGCUAGACUGGUCCUAGAUCUGUCGUGCUGUCGCUCCAAUGACAACGACUAUAAGUGUUGGCAAAACAGCGUAAACAGAUCUGGGACCAGACCAGAGGAGAUGGUCUAAUCACAAUAAUAUGCCAAUAUUAUGAUGUUUCUGCAUGGGCCACAGCACAUAUGGGCCUUUCUAUAAAUAAUGGAGCCAAUGUGUGACAUUGGGAUUAAAGUUUCAAAAUGGUUUGAAACAAACUAACAAAAUAUUUGUAUGCAGUUCCACAUGUGUACUUAGAGGAAUAUAUAUAUAUUGGCCCAUAACUCCACCUAUACAACAACGUAAGCCUAGGACUAUACACCCUUUAAGCAGGGUUCAUACAGACAUUGGGAAGUCAAAUUCAAGGCAUUUCAGGGACUUUUUCAAUCACUUAAUUGUAAUUUUCAAGGACUCAAUGUUAUACAAUUGUAUAAUUUAUAUAAUUGUACAUAAUGGGGCCUAAUAUAGUAAAAAAAAGUAGGCCUUUACCACUUUAAGAAUAAUACAUAUUUUAGGCCUUGCCAAUGCAUUGAUAUUCAAAUUAUUAUUACAUUCUACAAUACUGUAUGUGAGAAUAAUGUGGACUUGCCUGACUAAAUAGAUUGGAUGCAUGCAUGGUGAUUCUUCUGUAGCCUAUGUGGCAGACACAGGCACACAUAAUAAAGCCAUGAAUAGCGGUAGCAUUAAUCUCACCAUUUGAAUCACACCAUUGCUGUUUUUAUAAUCAAAAGCAACCAAAAAACAGGUUUCUUUUGUAAUGGAUGGUUUGUAUGGAAAGCCAAGUUGAAGCAAGCAUUAGAUAUAUUGUCGUCCUCAUAAUAACCACAUGUGGUUUUACUGCAACAGAGUAGCGGAGGGAAACAAACAAAAGUGGCCACAUCUCUCACAAAAACAGAUAAAAAAUGAAAUCACAGAUAAUUACAAGGGAGCAGGAGAACUUAUAAAUUGCUUACAAUAAUUACAAGGACUUUUCAAGUACCAAAUUGAGUAAAUGUCUGAUUUUCAAUGUAAGCCUAUACCAGUACUUGAAUUUCUGAGCUCCAUAUUCAAGUUCAAGUAGGCUACUUCAAGCCCCGUGUAUUGUUUAAAAUUGCAGGUGUAACCAGGGGUGAAAGUAAGGUGGUACGGUCCAGUACAGCGUCCCUGCAAAAUACAGUGCCUUGCAAAAGUGUUCAUCCCCCUUAGCGUUUUUCCUAUUUUGUUGCAUUACAACAUGUAAUUUGAAUUGAUUUUUAUUUGGAUUUCAUGUAAUGGACAUACACAAAAUAGUCCAAAUUGGUGAAGUGAAAUGAAAAAAAUAACUUGCUUCAAAAAAUUCUAAAAAAUAAAUAAUGGAAAAGUGGUGCGUGCAUAUGUAUUCACCCCCUUUGCUAUGAAGCCCCUAAAUAAUAUCUGAUGCAACCAAUUACCUUCAGAAGUCACAUAAUUAGUUAGAUUGCACACAGGUGGACUUUAUUUAAGUGUCACAUGAUCUGUCACAUGAUCUCAGUAUAUAUACACCUAUUCUGAAAGGCCCCAGAGACUGCAAGACCGCUAAGCAAGGGGCACCACCAGACCAAAGAGCUCUCCAAACAGGUCAGGGACAAAGUUGUGGAGAAGUACAAAUCAGGGUUGGGUUAUAAAAAAAGAUCAGAAACUUUGAACAUCCCACAGAGCACCAUUAAAUCCAUUAUAAAAUUUUUUGAAAGAAUAUGGCACCACAACAAACCUGCCAAGAGAGGGCCGCCCACCAAAACUCACAGACCAGGCAAGGAGGGCAUUAAUCAGAGAGGCAACAAAGAGACCAAAGAUAACCCUGAAGGAGCUGCAAAGCUCCACAGCGGAGAUUGGAGUAUCUGUCCAUAGGACCACUUUAAGCCGUACGCUCCACAGAGCUGGGCUUUACGGAAGAGUGGCCAGAAAAAAGCCAUUGUUUAAAGAAAAAAAUAAGCAAAUACGUUUGGUGUUCGCCAAAAGGCAUGUGGGAGACUCCCCAAACAUAUGGAAGAAGGUACUCUGGUCAGAUGAGACUAAAAUUGAGCUUUUUGGCCAUCAAGGAAAACACUAUGUCUGGCGCAAACCAAACACCUCUCAUCACCCCGAGAACACCAUCCCCACAGUGAAGCAUGGUGGUGGAAGCAUCAUGGGGGGUGAAUAGUUAUGAACGCUCAAGUUUUCAGUUUUUUUUUGUCUCAUUUCUUGUUUGUUUCACACACAAAAAAUAUUUUGCAUCUUCAAAGUGGUAGGCAUGUUGUGUAAAUCAAAUGAUACAAACCCACCAAAAAUCAAUUUUAAUUCCAGGUUGUAAGGCAACAAAAUAGGAAAAAUGCCAAGGGGGGUGAAUACUUUCGCAAAACACUGUAGACUAUUGCAGCAUAGAUACAGGAGGCUGAGACAGGGGAGAUCGGGGGAAACUGUGGCCCCGUCCGACGAUACCCCCGUACAGGGCCAACCAUGCAGAUAUAACCCCACCCACUUGGCCAAAGCACAGCCCUCACACCACUCGAGGGAUAUCAACAGACCACCAACUUACUACCCUGAGACAAGGCGGAGGAUAGCCCACGAAGAUCUCCAUAAAAAUGUAGCUCUAUAGGAGAAAGCCCUGCCUCCAGGUGUUUGCUUAUAAAUUCUAGGAACAAUAAGGAGGCCUGAGUCUUGUGACCGUAGCGGACGGGACAACGAUCCUAAGCACACUGCCUAGACAAUGCAGGAGUGGCUUCGGGACAAGUCUCUGAAUGUUCUUGAGUGGCCCAGCCAGAGCCCGGACUUGAGCCAGAGCCCGGACUUGAACCCGAUCUAACAUCUCUGGAGAGACCUGAAACUGGCUGUGCAGCGAUGCUCCCCAUCCAACCUGACAGAGCUUGAGAGGAUAUGCAGAGAAGAAUGGGAGAAACUCCCCAAAUACAGGUGUGCCAAGCUUGUAGCAUCAUACCCAAGAAGACUUGAGGCUGUAAUCACUGCCAAAGGUGCUUCAACAAAGUACUGAGUAAAGGGUCUGUAAAUGUGAUAUUUUAGUUUUUUAUUUAAAAUACAUUUGCAAACAUUUAGAAAAACCUGUUUUUUGGGGGGUAUUGUGUGUAGAUUAAUGACGGGGAAAAAAACAAUUUCAUUCAUUUUAGAAUAAGGCUGUAACAUAAUAAAAUGUGGAAAUAGUCAAGGGGUCUGAAUACUUUCCGAAUGCACUGUAUGUACGGCAGGACUAAAUCGGAGAGAUGGGUAGGAGCAUGUCCAUCUAAUGCUUUGUAGGUUAGCAGUAAAACCUUGGAAUCAGCCCUAACCUUAACAGCAAGCCAUUGUAGAGAGGCUAGCACUGGAGUAAUAUGAUCAAACCUUUUGGUUCUAGUCAAGAUUCUAGCAGCUGUAUUUAGCACUAGCUGAAGUUUAUUUAGUGCUUUAUCUGGGUAGCUGGAGAAUAGAGCAUUGCAGUAGGCUAAUCUUGAAGUGACAAAAGCAUGGAUUAUCUUUUCUGCAUAAUUUUUGGUCAAAAAGUUUCAGAUUUUUGCAAUGUUACGAAGAUGAAGAGGCGACUCCGGGAUGCUGACCUUCUAGACAGAGUUGGCCAAUAAAAAUUAAAUAUUAAGAUGGGCAGUCUGAGAUAUGGCUUUAUCUUUGCAACAUCCCGGAAUCGCCUCUUCACUGUUGACGUUGAGACUGGUGUUUUGUGGGUACUAUUUAAUGAAGCUGCCAGCAUGGAAUAGCCUUCAUUUCUCAGAACAAGAAUAGACUGACGAGUUUCAGGAGAAAGUUUAUUGUUUCUGGCCAUUUUGAGCCUGUAAUCGAACCCACAAUUGCUGAUGCUCCAGAUACUCAACUAGUCUCAAUAAGGCCAGUUUUAUUGCUUUUUUAAUCAGCACAACAGUUUUCAGCUGUGCUAACAUAAUUGCAAAAGGGUUUUCUGAUGAUCAAUUAGCCUUUUAAAUUGAUAAACUUGGUUUAGCAAACUCAACGUGCCAUUGGAACACAGGACUGAUGGUUGCUGAUAAUGGGCCUCUGUACGUCUAUGUAGAUAUUCCAUAAAAAAUCAGCCGUUUCCAGCUACAAUAGCCAUUUACAACAUUAACAAUGUCUACACUGUAUUUCUGAUCAAUUUGAUGUUAUUUUAAUGGACAAAAAAAUUGCUUUUCUUUCAAAAACAAGGACAUUUCAAAGUGACCCCUAACUUUUGAACAGUAGUGUACAUUUUGGGGGAUUUGUGUGCCCAUGAAAACAGUUUUCACCCCGUAACAUAAGGACACAUGAAAUGUUACGUAGUUACACUGUGUUUCGGAGAUCUCUAUACAAAAAAAUGCCCGACAGCUAGAUCCAGGAUUCUUACAGGGUUCAAAUUCAAUGUCUAAUUUAACUGAUUAAUGCUUAAUAAAUUAUAUAAGGACAAUUUACACUGACAUAAAUGCAAGGACAGAAAGGUAAUGUUUUAUGUCACAAGAUUUUGGACAAAUCCGUCAACACACCAACCAUGAUAAAGUUUCGUGAAUUUUAUUGAAUAUAGCUAUGUUCCCCCCUUAUAUGUUAAUGUAAUGACAUGAAAGAAAUUAGCAGAUUAUUAUCAAUGACUUAUCAACAGCUGUAACAAGUUGUCCAGCGUAGGAAAUCCUCACUGGUACCGUAGUUUAUAAAAAAGACCAACAUACUGAAUUUAUGUGUCACUGGCAAUGCUGACACAUUUUUAUAUUGCUUUGGAUGAAACAUAGCAUCUGUUAAAUUACCAUAUUUCCAUGAGGUUGUUGAUGAUGAUUGUUGUGGUUCCACCUCCUGUGUAGCUGAACUCUGAGAAUGAGCUGGACCUGCUCAGCAUCCUUCCCAAGGGAUGGCAGACAGAUUUCUCCCCCUCCACCCUGCCGUACCUGCUAGUACCCUCCACCCGGGUCACCUUCCUGGCCCGCAGGUACCGCUUCAUCAUCGAGCUGGACCUCAGCCCCUCCACUGGCAUUGUGGUAAGUAAAGAGGCUUCUUCAGCAAGAUAUCUAGUACUACACAAUAUACCUGGCAAAACAGUAUGACCACCAGUUCAAUGCACUGACUGUAAGUAGCUCUGGAUAAGAGCGUCUGCUAAAUGACCAAAAUGUAAACAUAUAAAUAUAGCACCAGACCCAAAUGAUAAUGUGUGCUUUAUAAGUAUUUAACAAGCAUCUAUGAAGGAAUACUUUUAUUUUGUGGAUACUUUUUUUAUGGCAAUAAUUAGGCUAACAACAAGAGGAAGUUUACAAUCCCUUGUGAAAAUCAUGCGCUACAUAUCACACUUUCAUAACACUGCUAUUUUGGUAGAGUGUCAAGAGCAGACCCUACCAAGCUACUAAUUGUUCUUCCUCCUGAUGUGUUGUUUGAUGUGUUAACUAUAUCAGGUUAGUUUUGCCCAUAGAAAUCAAAUUACCAUAACAGACAUCCCCAAUGUUCAGUGAUGGGUGGACCGGCGGCCAUAUUGAGUGUGCUCAUGAGUGUUCCAGUUAAACUUGGGCUUCUUCCCUUCUAGGAAUUCCAUGUACACUACCAGUCAAAAGUUUGGACACACCUACUCAUUCAAGGGAUUUUCUUUAUUUUAACUAUUUUUUACAUUGUAGAAUAAUAAUGAAGAUAUCAAAACUAUGAAAUAACACACAUGGAAUCAUGUAGUAAACAAAAAAGUGUUAAACAAAUAAAAGUAUAUUUUAUAUUAGAGAAUCUUCAAAUAGCCACCCUUUGCCUUGAUAACAGCUUUGCACACUUUUGGCAUUCGCUCAACCAGCUUCACCUGGAAUGCUUUUCCAACAGUCUUGAAGGAGUUCCCACAUAUGCUGAGCACUUGUUGGCUGCUUUUCCUUCACUCUGCGGUCCGACUCAUCCCAAACCAUCUCAAUUGGGUUGAUGUCGGGGGAUUGUGGAGGCCAGGUCAUCUGAUGCAGCACUCAUCACUCUCCUUCUUGGUCAAAUAGCCCUUACAUAGCCUGGUGGUGUGUUGGGUCAUUGUCCUGUUGAAAAACAAAUGAUAGUCCCACUAAGCCCAAACCAGAUGGUAUGGCGUAUCGCUGUAGAAUGCUGUGGUAGCCAUGCUGGUUAAGUGUGCCUUGAAUUCUAAACAAACCACAGACAGUGUCACCAGUAAAGCACCCCCACACCAUAACACCUCCUCUUCCAUGCUUUAUGGUGGGAAAUACACAUGCAGAGAUCAUCCGUUCACCCACACCGCGUCUCACAAAGACACGGCGGUUGGAACCUAAAAUCUCCAAUUUGGACUCCAGACCAAAGGACAGAUUUCCACCGGUGUAAUGUCUAUUGCUCGUGUUUCUUGGCCCAAGCAGGUCUCUUCAUCUUAUUGGUGUCCUUUAGUAGUGGUUUCUUUGCAGCAAUCCGACCAUGAAGGCCUGAUUCACACAGUCACCUCUGAAAAGUUCAUGUUGAGAUGUCUGUUACUUGAACUCUGUGAAGCAUUUAUUUGGGCUGCAAUUUCUGAGGCUGGUAACUCUAAUGAAUUUAUCCUCUGCAGCAGAGGUAACUCUGCGUCUUCCAUUCUUGUCGCGGUCCUCAUGAGAGCCAGUUUUUGAUUUGUUUAACACUUUUUUGGUUACUACAUGAUUCCAUAUGUGUUAUUUCAUAGUUUUGAUGACUUCACUAUUAUUCUACAAUGUAGAAAAUAGUAAAAAUAAACAAAAACCCUGGAAUGAGUAGGUGUGUCCAAACUAUUAACUGGUACUGUAUAUGUUUUCCCUUUGUUCACAGGAUGACAGCACAGGCAAGAUGAUAUUUGACGAGGUGUUCCAUGCCUUGUCACGAUGCUUAGCUGGACUUGUCCGACGCUUCAAAGUUCCAGGAACAGAUCUAUUAUUUCAGUCGGAAAUCUUCGUCACUAUCCUGGCUUAUUCCUCCAUCAUAGGGCUCAAUACACACCAGGUGAUCAUAAUAAUAGUAUUCAUAUGAAUAUUAAUGUAUUUCUUGUUUAGUUAAGCGUCUUUGUCAAGCUUCUUAUAAUCGUAUGUAGUGGAUCUUUCUUAGACCAUUCUUGUUGAUUGAAUGAUGGAAAGACGAGGCCGUUCUGAUUCAUGUGCAGUAGACAGUGCCACCACAUUGAUGGUUGGACACUCACUGAGCAGUUGAAACAAUAACAAAGCAUUCUCCAUGUUUCUGUAAAAAAGCUGAGGGGUGUGGCUGGAGAAAUGCAACCACUCUCAAAUUCAUAGAUAGCACUAUGGAUGCAAAGACUGACCAUCCAUGUUUUCAGGCUAUAUAGUGUUUGUUUACAUUAACUUAUUUUGAUGGGGUAUGACAGUUGAAUUAAGCUCAUGAGGCAUGUAUAAGUUAUAUUCUUCAAGAAUCAAUGGGUACAUAUAAUUAAUUUAUAAGUCAAAAAAUUGAUGUAGCAACUACAGAUUGUCCCUUUAAGGGAAAGGAAACUGUACAUUCUAAUUAUAUGUGCCUCUAAUGAGACUGUGUUGUGUCUGCUCUGCUGUGUAGGUGUUGGUGCAGGGUUGGUUUCCUACACAUGGACAGUUUCCUACACCAGAUCUAUCAGCAGCUUCGGGCAGUGGAGAACAACAUAGCAGAGGUCCUACAACAACAGCACGGCCAUCUUCAACGGCAACAUGACCUUCUGCAGCAGCACGGCCAUCUUCAGCAGCCCGACCAGGCAAGAGAACGCAUGCUUAUUACAGUACUGUGACCAUCACUUGAACUAGUGACAACCUUUAGGUCAUCUGUCAAUCUUUUUGCACUUGACCAGAACCAUACAGUGCCUUCAGAAAGUAUUCACACCCCAUGACUUAUUCCACAUUUUGUUGUGUUACAGCCUGAAUUUAAAAUCGAUUACAUAUGGGAUAAACAAAAUGUACAGUCAAUAACACAAUAGAAAAUCUAUAUACAGUGUGUGGAAAUGUAGUAAGUUAUGGAGGUAAGGCAAUAAAUAGGCCAUAGUGCAAAAUAAUUACAAUUUAGUAUUAACACUGGAGUGAUAGAUGUGCAGAAGAUGAUGAGCAAAUAGAGAUACUAGGGUGCAAAUGAGCAAAAUAAAUAACAAUAUGGGGAUGAGGUAGUUGGGUGGGCUAAUUACAGAUGGGCUGUGUACAGGUGCAGUGAUCGGUAAGCUAAUUCGUUUUCAAAAGUAAUUGUGGAAGGUUUUGAAAACGAAUUAAUAAAGUAUUCAACUCCUUUGUCAUUGCAAGCCUAAAUAAGUUCAGGAGUAAAAAUGUGCUUAAAAAGUCACUUAAGUUGCAUGGACUCACUCUGUGUGCAAUAAUAGUGUUCAACAUUAUUUUUUAAUGACUACCUCAUCUCUGUACCCCAAACAUACAAUUAUCUGUAAGGUCCCUCAGUCGAGCAGUGAAUUUUUCAAACACAGAUUCAACCACAAGGACCAGGGAGGCUUUCUAAUGACUCGCAAAGAAGGGCACCUAUUGGUAGAUGGGUAAAAAAAAAAGCAGACAUUGAAAAUCCCUUUGAACAUGGUGAAGUUAUUAAUUACACUUUGGAUGGUGUAUCAAUACACCCAGUCACUACAAAGAUACAGGCGUCCUUCCUAACUCAUUUGCCGGAGAGGAAGGAAACCGCUCAGGGAUUUCACAAUGAGGCCAAUGGUGUCUUUAAAACAGUUACAUAAUUUAAUGGCUGUGAUAGGAGAAAGCUGAGGAUGGAUCAACAACAUUGUAGUUUACUCCACAAUACUAACCUAAUUGACAGAGUGAAAAGAAGGAAGCCUGUACAGCAUCCUGUUUGCAACAAGGCACUAAAGUAAUACUGCAAAAAAUGUGGCAAAGCAAUUCACUUUUUGUCCUGAAUACAAAGUGUUAUUAUUGGGGCAAAUGCAAUAAAACACAUUACUGAGUACCACUUUCCAUAUUUUCCAUAUAGUGGUGGCUGCAUCAUGUUAUGGGAUUGCUUUUAAUGGUUAAGGACUGGGCAGUUUUUCAGGGUAAAAAAUUAAUGAAAUGGAGCUAAGCACAGGGAAAAUCCUAGAGGAAAACCUGGUUCAGUCUGCUUUCCACCAGACACUGGGAGAUGAAUUCACCUUUUACCAGGACAAUAACCUAAAACACAAGGCCAAAUCUGCACUGGAGUUGUUUACCAAGAAGCCGAGUUUCAGUUUUGACUUAAAUCUACUUGAAAAUCUAUGGCAAGACAUGGGAAUGGUUGUAUAGCAAUGAUCAAUACUUUUUACAUAAUAAUGGGCAAAUAUUGCACAAUCCAGGUUAGAGACUUACCCAGAAAGAUUCACAGCUGUAAUCGCUGGCAAAAGUGCUUCUACAAUGUAUUUGACUCAACAUUUUCUCCCAAAUUUUGUAAUAUCCAAUUGAUAGUUACAGUCUUGUCCCAUCGCUGCAACUCCCGUACGGAUUCGGGAGAGGCGACGGUCGAGAGCCAUGCGUCCUCUGAAACAUGACCCUGCCAAGCCGCACUGCUUCUUGACACAUUGCUCGCUUAACCCGGAAGCCAGCCGCACCAAUGACCAAAGUCAGCGUGCAUGCGCCCGGUCCGCCACAAGGAGUCGCUAGAGCGCAAUGGGACAAGGACAAACUAGCAAAAGAGUGGGUGGAAUGUACAGUAACAUCCUCAGAAAAAAGGUUUUUGAACAUGCCCGAACCAAGGCGCAUUUGGUGGCAGCAAGCCUUGUAGACAAGGCUAAAGAGGAAACCCAGGUUAUAGUUAACACUCAAAAUGAAAAAAUAGAAUCUACAGACAGUCUUCCCAACAGCCUUCGAAGGAGGCUAAACAUCACAGCCACAGGCCCAAGAAAUUGACUGUCAGGAGUUAAUUGGGUUUUGACAUGGGAAAGUAAAUUUGGGAGGGUUUUGAAAACUAAGGUAGGAUUUUUAAUUUUAUUUAAAGUUAAUGUGCAAAUAUGUGGCGUCAUAUUAUUAUAACAGUAUCUUCCAAAAAAUUGGUUUUUUUAAAGCGAAUUUAUCUUCCUUUUUGAAAAAUCCGGGGCCCGCAGGUACCGCUUCAUAUCGAGCUGGACCUCAGCCCCUCCAUGGCAUUGUGGUAAGUAAAGAGGCUUCUCAGCAAGAUAUCUAGUACUACACAAUAUACUGGCAAAACAGUAUGACCACAGUUCAAUGCAUGACUGUAAGUAGACUCUGAUAAGAGCGUUGCUAAAUGACCAAAAUGUAAACAUUAAAUAUAGCACCAGACCCAAAUGAUAAUGUUGCUUUAUAAGUAUUUAACAAGCAUCUAUGAAGGAAUACUUUUAUUUUGUGGAUACUUUUUUUUAUGGCAAUAAUUAGGCUAACAACAAGAGGAAGUUUACAAUCCUUGUGAAAAUCAUGCGCUACAUAUCACACUUCAUAACACUGCAUUUUGGUAGAGUGUCAAGAGCAGACCCUACCAAGCUACUAAUUGUUCUUCCUCCUGAUGUGUUGUUUGAUGUGUUAACUAUAUCAGGUUAGUUUUGCCCAUAGAAAUCAAAUUACCAUAACAGACAUCCCCAAUGUUCAGGAUGGGUGGGACCGGCGGCCAUAUUGAGUGUGCUCAUGAGUGUUCAGUUAAAACUUGGGCUUCUUCCCUUCUAGGAAUUCCAUGUACACUAACAGUCAAAAGUUUGGACACACCUACUCAUUCAAGGGAUUUCUUUAUUUUAAACUAUUUUUUACAUUGUAGAAUAAUAAUGAAGAUAUCAAAACUAUGAAAUAACACACAUGGAAUCAUGUAGUAAACAAAAAAGUGUUAAACAAAUAAAAGUAUAUUUAUAUUAGAGAAUCUUCAAAUAGCCACCCUUUGCCUUGAUAACAGCUUUGCACACUUUUGGCAUUCGCUCAACAGCUUCACCUGGAAUGCUUUUCCAACAGUCUUGAGGAGUUCCCACAUAUGCUGAGCACUUGUUGGCUGCUUUUCCUUCACUCUGCGGUCCGACUCAUCCCAAACAUCUCAAUUGGGUUGAUGUCGGGGGAUUGUGGAGGCCAGGUCAUCUGAUGCAGCACUCAUCACUCUCCUUCUGGUCAAAUAGCCCUUACAUAGCCUGGUGGUGGGUUGGGUCAUUGUCCUGUUGAAAAAACAAAUGAUAGUCCCACUAAGCCCAAACCAGAUGGUAUGGCGUAUCGCUGUAGAAUGCUGUGGUAGCCAUGCUGGUUAAGUGUGCCUUGAAUUCUAAACAAACCACAGACAGUGGUCACCAGUAAAGCACCCCCACACCAUAACACCUCCUCUUCCAUGCUUUAUGGUGGGAAAUACACAUGCAGAGAUCAUCCGUUCACCCCACCGCGUCUCACAAAGACACGGCGGUUGGAACCUAAAAUCUCCAAUUUGGACUCCAGACCAAAGGACAGAUUUCCACCGGUUUGUAUGUAAUGUCUAUUGCUCGUGUUCUUGGCCAAGCAGGUCUCUUCAUCUUAUUGGUGUCCUUUAGUAGUGGUUUCUUUGCAGCAAUCCGACCAUGAAGGCCUGAUUCACACAGUCACCUCUGAAAAGUUCAUGUUGAGAUGUCUGUUACUUGAACUCUGUGAAGCAUUUAUUUGGGCUGCAAUUUCUGAGGCUGGUAACUCUAAUGAAUUUAUCCUCUGCAGCAGAGGUAACUCUGCGUCUUCCAUUCUUGUCGCGGUCCUCAUGAGAGCCAGUUUUGAUUUGUUAACACUUUUUGGUUGACUACAUGAUUCCAUAUGUGUUAUUCAUAGUUUGAUGACUUCACUAUUAUUCUACAAUGUGAGAAAAUAGUAAAAUAAACAAAAACCCUGGAAUGAGUAGGUGUGUCCAAACAUUAACUGGUACUGUAUAUGUUUUCCCUUUGUCACAGGAUGACAGCACAGGCAAGAUGAUAUUUGACGAGGUGUUCCAUGCCUUGUCACGAUGCUUAGCUGGACUGUCCGACGCUUCAAAGUUCCAGGAACAGAUCUAUUAUUUCAGCGGAAAUCUUCGUCACUAUCCUGGCUUAUUCCUCCAUCAUAGGGCUCAAUACACACCAGGUGAUCAUAAUAAUAGUAUUCAUAUGAAUAUUAAUGUAUUUCUUGUUAGUUAAGCGUCUUUGUCAAGCUUCUUAUAAUCGUAUGUAGUGGAUCUUUCUUAGACCAUUCUUGUUGAUUGAAUGAUGGAAAGACGAGGCCGUUCUGAUUCAUGUGCAGUAGACAGUGCCACCACAUUGAUGGUUGGACACUCACUGAGCAUUUUGAAACAAUAACAAAGCAUUCUCCAUGUUUCUGUAAAAAAGCUGAGGGGUGUGGCUGGAGAAAUGCAACCAUCUCAAAUUCAUAGAUAGCACAUGGAUGCAAAGGACUGACCAUCCAUGUUUUCAGGCUAUAUAGUGUUUGUUUACAUUAACUUAUUUGAUGGGGUGGGAUGACAGUUGAAUUAAGCUCAUGAGGCAUGUAUAAGUUAUAUUCUCAAGAAUCAAUGGGUACAUAUAAUUAAUUUAUAAGUCAAAAAAUUGAUGUAGCAACUACAGAUUGUCCCUUUAAGGGAAAGGAAACUGUACAUUCUUAAUUAUAUGUGCCUCUAAUGAGACUGUGUUGUGUCUGCUCUGCUGUGUAGGUGUUGGUGCAGGGUUGGUUUCCUACACAUGGACAGUUUCCUACACCAGAUCUAUCAGCAGCUUCGGGCAGUGGAGAACAACAUAGCAGAGGUCUACAACAAACAGCACGGCCAUCUUCAACGGCAACAUGACCUUCUGCAGCAGCACGGCCAUCUUCAGCAGCCCGACCAGGCAAGGAGAACGCAUGCUUAUUACAGUACUGUGACCAUCACUUGAACUAGUGACAACCUUUAGGUCAUCGUCAAUCUUUUGCACUUGACCAGAACCAUACAGUGCCUUCAGAAAGUAUUCACACCCCAUGACUAUUCCACAUUUUGUUGUGUUACAGCCUGAAUUUAAAAUCGAUUACAUAUGGGAUAAACAAAAUGUACAGUCAAAUAACACAAUAGAAAACUAUAUACAGUGUGUGGAAAUGUAGUAAGUUAUGGAGGUAAGGCAAUAAAUAGGCCAUAGUGCAAAAUAAUUACAAUUUAGUAUUAACACUGGAGUGAUAGAUGUGCAGAAGAUGAUGAGCAAAUAGAGAUACUAGGGUGCAAAUGAGCAAAAUAAAUAACAAUAUGGGGAUGAGGUAGUUGGGUGGGCUAAUUACAGAUGGGCUGUGUACAGGUGCAGUGAUCGGUAAGCUAAUUCGUUUUCAAAAGUAAUUGUGGAAGGUUUUGAAAACGAAUUAAAAAGUAUUCAACUCCUUGUCAUUGCAAGCCUAAAUAAGUUCAGGAGUAAAAAAAAUGUGCUUAAAAAGUCACUUAAGUUGCAUGGACUCACUCUGUGUGCAAUAAUAGGUUCAAACAUUAUUUUUAAUGACUACCUCAUCUCUGUACCCCAAACAUACAAUUAUCUGUAAGGUCCCUCAGUCGAGCAGUGAAUUUUUCAAACACAGAUUCAACCACAAGGACCAGGGAGGCUUUCUAAUGACUCGCAAAGAAGGGCACCUAUUGGUAGAUGGGUUAAAAAAAAAAAGCAGACAUUGAAAAUCCCUUUGAACAUGGUUGAAGUUAUUAAUUACACUUGGAUGGUGUAUCAAUACACCCAGUCACUACAAAGAUACAGGCGUCCUUCCUAACUCAUUUGCAGGAGAGGAAGGAAAACCGCUCAGGGAUUUCACAAUGAGGCCAAUGGUUGUCUUUAAAACAGUACAUAAUUUAAUGGCUGUGAUAGGAGAAAGCUGAGGAUGGAUCAAACAACAUUGUAGUUACUCCACAUACUAACCUAAUUGACAGAGUGAAAAGAAGGAAGCCUGUACAGCAUCCUGUUUGCAACAAGGCACUAAAGUAAUACUGCAAAAAUGUGGCAAAGCAAUUCACUUUUUGUCCUGAAUACAAAGUUGUUAUUAUUGGGGCAAAUGCAAUAAAACACAUUAACUGAGUACCACUUUCCAUAUUUGCCAUAUAGUGGUGGCUGCAUCAUGUUAUGGGAUUGCUUUUAAUGGUUAAGGACUGGGCAGUUUUUCAGGGUAAAAAAUUAAUGAAAUGGAGCUAAGCACAGGGAAAUCCUAGAGGAAAACCUGGUUCAGUCUGCUUUCCACCAGACACUGGGAGAAUGAAUUCACCUUUUACCAGGACAAUAACCUAAAACACAAGGCCAAAUCUGCACUGGAGUUGUUUACCAAGAAGCCGAGUUUCAGUUUUGACUUAAAAUCUACUUGAAAAUCUAUGGCAAGACAGGGGAAUGGUUGUAUAGCAAUGAUCAAUACUUUUUUUACAUAAUAAUGGGCAAAUAUUGCACAUCCAGGUUAGAGACUUACCCAGAAAGAUUCACAGCUGUAAUCGCUGGCAAAAGUGCUUUCUACAAUGUAUUUGACUCAACAUUUCUUUUCUCCCAAAUUUUGUAAUAUCCAAUUGAUAGUUACAGUCUUGUCCCAUCGCUGCAACUCCCGUACGGAUUCGGGAGAGGCGACGGUCGAGAGCCAUGCGUCCUCUGAAACAUGACCCUGCCAGAGCCGCACUGCUUCUUGACACAUUGCUCGCUUAACCCGGAAGCCAGCCGCACCAAUGACCAAAGUCAGCGUGCAUGCGCCCGGUCCGCCACAAGGAGUCGCUAGAGCGCAAUGGGACAAGGACAAACUAGCAAAAGAGUGGGUGGAAUGUACAGUAACAUCCUCAGAAAAAGGUUUUUGAACAUGCCCGAACCAAGGCGCAUUUGGUGGCCAGCAAGCCUUGUAGACAAGGCUAAAGAGGAACCCAGGUUAUAGUUAACACUCAAAAUGAAAAAAUAGAAUCUACAGACAGUCUUCCCAACAGCCUUCGAAGGAGGCUAAACAUCACAGCCACAGGCCCAAGAAAUUGACUGUCAGGAGUUUAAUUGGGGUUUGACAUGGGAAAGUAAAUUUGGAGGUUUUGAAAACUAAGGUAGGAUUUUUAAUUUUAUUUAAAGUUAAGGUGAAUAUGGUGCGUCAUAUUACACAUAGGCAGGAGCCUAAAUAUUCUCAUAUGUGUGUUCUGCUGUAGCCUACAUUGAUUUAUUUUAUUUGAAGUUAUCUCCAAUAUUGUGAUCUACUUGCUGCAUGAUGUCUUGAAAAUUAUAUGAAAUUCGGGUCUUGUAACCCCCACAGCUGAGUAUGUGUGCAUAUACAUAUGGCCGGUGUUCUGCAGUGACAUCUAAAAAUGUUGCUGUACAUUGAGGUCUAGAAAUGGAGGCUAUAAGAAAGUCUGACUUGUGUAAACCCGCAGCUAUACUCAAGUUUGUGGGCAUACUGCAGUGACGUCUAAAAUGGCUUUGAAUUAAAUCAGCACCUUGGAGAGCGCUGUCCGGUUCACCACCAUAGAUAGUAGGCUACUUGGGAGAGUGCUGUCCGUUUCACCACCAUAGACGGUAGGCUACUUGGAGAGUGCUGUCCGUUUCACCACCAUAGAUGGUAGGCUACUUGGAGAGUGCUGUCAGUUUCACCACCAUAGACAGUAGGCUACUUGGGAGAGUGCUGUCCGUUUCACCACCAUAGACAGCAGGCUACUUGGAGAGUGCUGUCCGUUUCACCACAUAGAUAGUAGGCUAUUGGGAGAGUGCUGUCCGUUUCACCACCAAUAGAUAGUAGGCUACUUGGAGAGUGCUGUCCGUUUCACCACCAUAGAUAGUAGGCUACAUGGAGAGUGCUGUCCGUUUCACCACAUAGAUAGUAGGCUUAUGGAGAGUGCUGUCCGUUUCACCACAUAAUAGUAGGCUACUUGGAGAGUGCUGUCCGUUUCACCACCAUAGAUACAGUGGGGAGAAACAAGUAUUUGAUACACUGCCGAUUUUGCAGGUUUUCCUACUUACCAAAGCAUGUAGAGGUCUUUAAUUUUUAUCAUAGGUACACUCAACUGUGAGAGACGGAAUCUUAAACAAAAAUCCAGAAAAAUCACAUUGUAUGAUUUUUAAGUAAUUAAUUUGCAUUUUAUUGCAUGAUGUAAGUAUUUGAUCACCUACCAACCAGUAAGAAUUCCGGCUCUCACAGACCUGUUAGUUUUCUUUAAGAAGUCCUCUGUUCUCCACUCAUUACCUGUAUUAACUACACCUGUUUGAACUCGUUACCUGUAUAAAGACACCUGUCCACACACUCAAUCAAACAGACUCCAACCUCUCCACAAUGGCCAAGACCAGAGAGCUGUGUAAGGACAUCAGGGAUAAAAUUGUAGACUGCACAAGGCUGGGAUGGGCUACAGGACAAUAGGCAAGCAGCUUGGUGAGAAGGCAACAAACUGUUGGCGCAAUUAUUAGAAAAUGGAAGAAGGUUCAAGAUGAAGGUCAAUCUCCCUCGGUCUGGGGCUCCAUGCAAGAUCUCACCUUGUGGGCAUCAAUGAUCAUGAGGAAGGUGAGGGAUCAGCCAGAACUACACGGCAGGACCUGGUCAAUGACCUGAAGAGAGCUGGGACGACAGUCUCCAAGAAAAACCAUUAGAUCAAUCAAUUUCAAUCAAUUUAUUUUAUAUAGCCUUUUAAAUCAGCUAAUAUCUCGAAGUGCUGUACAGAAACCAGCCUAAAACCCCAAAAACAGCUAGUAAUGCAGGUUGUAGAAGCACGUGUGGCUAGGAAAAACUCCCUAGAAAGGCGAGAAAUAAAUAAAUUAGACAAAUUGCAGAAAGGCAGAGCGGAAGUGGAGAAAGUCAAAGUUGCAGGUCCAUUAUGAUAUUCUGAGGCAGCAACUUGGCACGUAUAAGAAGUCAGAAUAAUUUGAGAGUGCUCUUCUCGACCAUUGAUGGCCUGAUAAAUCCUACCCCCGUAAACCUAUGUGAACUUUGCUCCACAUCUAAAUGUGAUGAGUUUACUGCAUUUUUUUUUGUUGAGAUAAGAUAACAAACAUGAGGCUGGGUAUCAGUCAAGCAAGACCUGAUGAGAAGUUUGAUAUGUUCCCUAGCCUUCCAUGCAAAGACACUAUGGAGUUAUUUUUCCUAGUUGACACAGACAUGCUCAGGAAAGUGAUAUCACUACUUAAGCCUUCUAACUGCCUUCUCGAUUCUAUCCCCACCAACUUCUUCAAAACAGUUUUUAAUUGCAUAUCUGAAGAAGUGUAAGCUAUUGUUAAUCACUCCCUGUUUACAGGCACUUUCCCCACUGCUCUAAAAACUGCUAUGGUGAAACUCCUUCUGAAGAAAAAUAAUCUAGAUUCUUCAGCUAUUAGCAAUUUUUGGCCAAUCUCCAACCUUCCAUACUUAAGCAAAAUACUGGAGAAACUGUUUUUCAAACAUCUAAAAAAAAUGUGGUGCCAACUUUCUUUUUGAAUAAUUCUGAUCUGGUUUUUGUGGCCACUACAUCACAGAGACAGCCUUAGUUAAAGUGGUAAAUGAUCUUAGAGCCAACAGAUGCCAAACAGCUCUCUGUCCUUGUACUCUUGGAUUUAAGGGCUGCAUUCGACACUGUUGACCAUUAUGUCCUUCUGGAGAGGUGGGUUGACCUUUCCGGUCCAGUUCUAAAUUGGUUUAGGAUCUAUUUAACCGGUCGAGAGUUUUUUGUCACCCGUGGUGAACAUAGCUCAGAGAAAAUAGAUAUCACAAGUGGCUUUCCACAAGGUUCGAUUUUGGGUCCGGUACUGUUCAGUUUAUAUAUGUUACCCCUUGGCAGCGUUAUCAGAAAGCACAGAAUAGAUUUUCACUGCUACGCUGACGAUACACAACUUUACAUUUCUGUGUCACCAGAGGAUUUUAGCCAAACUGUGGACAUAUUUACAAAAGAUCUUAAAACACCUUUUUAGCUUUGCUUUUCCUUAGGGUGCUUUUUUAGUCUUUCAGUUUUUGUUAUUCUUUUGUUUUUUUAUCCUCUUAUGUUUGUGUAGUAAAUAUUUCUGUUUUUAUUGUCCUAGUUUUUUUAUUUUAUGUUUUUUCCUUUAAAGCGCAUUGUGUUGCAUUCAUGUCUGAAAUGUGCUAUAUAAAUAAAGUGUGAUUGAGGGCAAAAUGUGUAGAAUAGCAGGAUUACUGCUGGUUGUCAUUGCGCAGCUCGUGAGCUGCAUGUGGCUCUCAGGAACUUAAUUGGCAGCUUGCGAAAAUACAAAUUUUUUAGUAGGGGGUCCUCGCCCAGGGGCUCAAAAUAUUUGGGGGUACUUGAAGUUAAAAAGGUUGAAAACCCCUGUACUAUCCAUCCCCCAAGUAACCUCAAGUUACCAUCUACUAUUCACUUAAAACCCACCAUAUAGAUCUGUUUUACUGCAAAAGCAUUCACAAGACCAACUUUUCCCCCCCAGUUUUCCCGACUAACUGUAUACAUUUCUAAAAAUGCUGUGUUUCAGUGUCCGUUCUGCUCACUUUCCCCCUAGGUGGCACGCAGCUGGAGGUGAAGCUGGUGUUGCUGUGGAAACACAACAUGCGUAUAGAGUACCUAGCGGUGGCCCCAUGGCCCCUGGACCCUGCCAAGAGGACCACCUGUGUAGAGGUCACCAUGGAGGGAAGCUACGACAUCCUCCAUGAUAUCAGCUGUACUCUGAGGAAACCCAUCACCUCCCCAUACCGCACCUCCAUCAUACGACGCUUCUGGAACACACUGCAGAGGUCAAUAGAAUAGAUAGUCUAUUGGCAAUUUUGUAAGUGUGAGAAAAUGAGAUUUGUCUUCUGCUUAUCUCAACCUCCCUCAACUACACACGUUGAGAGGCACAGGGUCAGCCACGGAGCAGUACCUCAGGAUAGAGGGUCGUUUAAAGUGCCUUGCUCCAAACAAUUUUGUGAGCAUAUACUGUGCAUUUCUCUUGUUAACACACAUGUUAUUCUGCCCUCUGUAGUAUAAACCAGACAGAUCAGAUGCUGGUCCACUUGCAGUCCUUUAACUCUCUCCCAGAGAACUACACCAUCCCUGAGAGCACCAAGAACGGAGUUCCUCUCUUCUACAUCCCACCUGGAUCCACCAUGCACCUCUGUAGCUCAGCUGGUAGAGCACGGCGCUUGUAACGCCAAGGUAGUGGGUUCGAUCCCCGGGACCACCCAUACACAAAAAUGUAUGCACGCAUGACUGUAAGUCGCUUUGGAUAAAAGCGUCUGCUAAAUGGCAUAUUAUUAUUAUUUAUUAUUAUGUACUCUGUCUGGCUUUCACAUAAUGCAUUGUCACAGGAGGGACUGACCCUAGUUGGUUUAUUUAGCCUUUAUUUUACCAGGUUGUAGGUACUCUGCCUGCUCUUAGUAGCACUGAUUCAAUAGCGGCUAUUUUGAAGGUUUUACUUGCAAAUAUUGUGAUUGUGAUCGCGAUUUCCUGUACUGCGUUGUCACAGGCCUCACCGACUAUAUUUACCUCAGGACAGGUAGUCAGUCACAGCCUGUGUCCCAAAUGCCAUCCUAUUCCCUAUAUAGUGCACUACUUUGACCAGAGCCCUGUUCUGUCCUCCAGGUUCUCUCCCUCCAGCACAGCGGCUCUAAAGCCCAUCCUGUCCAUGGAUGCCAACUUCUGGCAGAGAUGGCUUCACAUGCACCGCAUCGCCAUCAUCCUGGAGCACGACAUGUGAGAGAUGCCUUACAGUUAUUGUACCUUUUUAGAUUUCAAUAGAGUUGUCAAUUUAUCAAUAUCAUCACUGGGAGCAGUCUUUAUGGUCGUCUCCCAGUCAAUAGUAGAGAAAGAGAACUGGGUUCCUUCUUUGUUCCGCUACUGACUGUCUACGCACCAACUAUUGUAUACUGAACAAAAAUAUAAACGCAACAAGUGUUGGUUUCAUGAGCUGAAAUAAAAGAUCCCCGAAAUCUUCCAUAUGUACAAAAAGCUUAUUUCUCUCAAAUUUUGUGCACAAAUUUGGUAACAUCCGUGUUGCCAGAGAAUUUAAUGUUCAUUUCUCUACCAUAAGCCGCCUCCAACGUUGUUGUAAAGAAUUUGGCAGUACGUCCAACCGGCCUCACAACAGCAGACCACGUGUAACCACGCCAGCCCAGGACCUCCACGUCCGGCUUCUUCACCUGCGGGAUCGUCUGAGACCAGCCAUCUGGACAGCUGAUGAAACUGUGGGUUUGCACAAGCGAAGAAUUUCUGCACAAACUGUCAGAAUCCGUCUCAAGGAAGCUCAUCUGUGUGCUCAUCGUCCUCACCAGGGUCUUGACCUGACUGCAGUUCUGCGUUGUAAAAUAUUUCAGUUGGCAAAUGCUCACUUUCGAUGGCCACUGGCACGCUGGAGAAGUGUGCUUUUCGCAGAUGAAUUCCGGUUUCAACUGUACUGGGCAGAUGGCAGACAGCAAGUAUGGCGUUGUGUGGGCGAGCGGUUUGCUGAUGUCAACAUUGUGAACAGAGUGCCCCAUGGUGGCGAUGGGGUUAUGGUAUGGGCAGGCAUAAGCUACGGACAACGAACACAAUUGCAUUUUAUCGAUGGCAAUUUGAAUGCACAGAGAUACUGUGACGAGAUCCUGAGGCCCAUUGUCGUGCCAUUCAUCCACCGCCAUCACCUUAUGCUUCAGCAUGAUAAUGCACAGCCCCAUGUUGCAAGGAUAUGUACACAAUUCCUGAAGCUGAAAAUGUCCCAGUUUUUCCAUGGCCUGCAUACUCACCAGACAUUGAGCAUGUUUGGGAUGCUCUGGAUCGACGUGUACAACAGCAUGUUCCAGUACAGGCCAAUAUCCAGCAACUUCACACAGCCAUUGAAGAGGACUGGGACAACAUUCCACAGGCCACAAUCAACAGACUGAUCAACUCUAGGUGAAAGAGAUCUGUCGCGCUGCAUGAGGCAAAUGGUGGUCACACCAGAUACUGACUGGUUUUCUGAUCCACACCCCUACCUUAAAAAAAAAAAAAGUUAUCUGUGACUAGGGCUGUGGCGGUCAUUACAUUUUGUCAUACGGUUAUUGUCAUGCAAAAGACUGUCGGUCUCACGGUAAUUGACCAUUAAUUAACAUAAACAUGUUUAGCAUCUCCAGGCCUCCACACAUACAAGCCGCUAAUGCGUGCCUUUUGGAACAUCUACAUUUAAAAAGUCGAAUAAAUCAAUUUAAUAUAUACCAUCACAAUAAAUCCGUCAUAGGAGACCACCUAGACCACAAUUCUAAGAUCACCAUGCGCAAUGCCAAGCGUUGGCUGGAGUGGUGUAAAGCCUGCUGCCAUUGGACUCUGGAGCAGUGGAAACGUGUUCUCUGGCGUGAUGAAUCACGCUUCACCAUCUGGCAGUCUGAAGGACGAAUCUGGGUUUGGCGGAUGCCAGGAGAACGCUACCUGCCUGAAUGCAUAGUGCCAACUGUAAAGUUUGGUGGAGGAGGAAUAAUGGUCUGGGGCUGUUUUUCAUGGUUCAGGCUAGGAAGCUUAGUUUCAGUAAAGGGAAAUCUUAACACUACAUUAUACAAUGACAUUCUAAAGGAUUCUGUGCUCUAGAAUGUUUGGGGAAGGCCCUUUCCUGUUUCAGCAUGACAAUGCCCCCGUGCACAAAGCAAGGUCCAUACAGAAAUGGUUUGUCGAGAUCGGUGUGGAAGAACUUGACUGGCUUGUACAGAGCCCUGACCUCAACCCCAUCGAACACCCUUGGGAUGAAUUGGAACGCCGACUGCGAGCCAGGCCUAAUCGCCCAACAGUACCGACCUGACUAAUGCUCUUGUGGCUGAAUGGAUGCAAGUCCCCGCAGCAAUGUUCCAACAUCUAGUGGAAGCCUUUCCAGAUUAAUGCCCAUGAUUUUUGGAAUGAGAUGUUCGACAAGCAGGUGUCCACUUUUUGGCCAUGUAGUGUAUUUGACUGAACUGUUGACAGCCUGUCUGCAUGCUCGAGAAAGAAAUAAAGGAGAGAGAGGAGGAGAUGGAAAUGCAUGGUGGUGAGAUAUUCUGUAUAGCUUAAGGUAAGGUGUCCCCCAAUUACUUAUGAAAAUAAAUAAAAAAUCCCUAUUACUAGGCUAUUCAAAAUCAUAUACAAUUCACUAUUUGUAAGCUAACUGUAAGCCACCCUGCACAAUCAAUGAACCAACAGCAUCACCUAGGGCUAUACGUUCUCUCCCAGACUCAUGGAUAUACAUUUUGGAGCAUAGCAUAAGGUAACCAGUCCAUCCAUUAUGCAUAAUAAUACAGUCCACACUCAAAGGCCAUUACUCGAAUUUGUGUAAUUUUAUAGGCUAGCCCAAUUAUGUACCAAAGACAUCUUAACUCAGUUUUGUUAUGUUUUUCUGCCAUGUGUAAUAUGCCGUAGGCUAUACAGUGCAUUCCGAAAGUAUUCAGACCCCUUCCCUUUUUCCACAUUUUGUUACAUUACAACCUUAUUCUAAAAUUGAUUAGAUAAUUUUUUUUCCUCAUCAAUCAAUUUUUUUUAAAGAAAGAAAGACCUUAUUUACAUAAGUAUUCAGACCCUUUGCUAUGAGACUCAAUUGAGCUCAGGUGCAUCCUGUUUCCAUUGAUCAUCCUUGAGAUGUUUCUACAAUUUGAUUGGAGUCCACCUGUGGUAAAUUUAAUUGAUUGGACAUGAUUUGGAAAGGCACACACCGGUCUAUAUAAGGUCCCACAGUUGACAGUGCAUGUCAGAGCAAAAACCAAGCCAUGAGGUCAAAGGAAUUGUCCAUAGAGUUCCGAGACAGGAUUGUGUCGAGGCACAGAUCUGGGGAAGGGUACCAAAACAUUUCAGCAGCAUUGAAGGUCCCCAAGAACACAGUGGCCUCCAUCAUUCUUAAAUGGAAGAAGUUUAGAACCACCAAGACUCUUCCUAGAGCUGGCUGCCCGGCCAAACUGAGCAAUCGGGGGAGAAGGGCCUUGGUCAGGGAGGUGACCAAGAACCCGAUGGUCACUCUGACAGAGGUCCAGAGUUCCUCUGUGGAGAUGGGAGAACCUUCCAGAAGGACAACCAUCUCUGCAGCACUCCACCAAUCAGGCCUUUAUUGUAGAGUGGCGAGACGGCACAUGACAGCCUGCUUGGAGUUUGCCAAAAGGCACCUAAACGACUCUCAGACCAUGAGAAACAAGAUUCUCUGAUUCCCUACAGUGAAGCAUGGUGGUGGCACCUUCCAACAGCACAUCGACCCUAAGCACACAGCCAAGACAACGCAGGAGUGGCUUCGAGACAAGUUUCUGAAUGUACUUGAGUGGCCCAGCCAGAGCCCUGACUUGAACCCGAUCUAACAUCUCUGGAGAGGCCUGAAAAUAGCUGUGCAGCGACGCUCCCCAUCCAACCUGACAGAGCUUGAGAGGAUCUUUUUUUAUUUAUUUUUUUACCCCCCUUUUUCUCCCCAAUUUCGUGGUAUCCAGUUGGUAGUUACAGUCUUGUCCCAUCGCUGCAACUCCCGUACGGACUCGGGAGAGGCGAAGGUCGAGAGACGUGCGUCCUCCGAAACACAACCCAACCGAGCCGCACUGCUUCUUGACACAAUGCCCGCUUAACCCGGAAGCCAGCCGCACCACUGUGUCGGAGGAAACACCGUACACCUGCCGACCGUGUCAGCGUUCACUGUGCCGGCCCGCCACAGGAGUCGCUAGUGCGCGAUGGGAGAACAUCCCUGCCGGCCAAACCCUCCCCUAACCUGGACGGCGAUUGUGUGUGUAUCUUGAUGAGGGGGGGGAAAACUAUUUAAUCAAUUUUAGAAUAAGGUUGUAACGUAACAAAAUGUGGAAAAACUGAAGGGGUCUGAAUACUUUCCGAAUGCACUGUAAUUUUCAAUCAUAAUUUUGAUUUAGUUAUUUAUUUAUUUAUUUAUUUUUUUUGGGGGGGGGGGGGGGUUUGGGCUCAUAAGCCUUUGCAUAUGCAUAAGCUCUAAUAUGCAUAUUCAAGUUUUUAAUGAAUCAUCACCUUGGAAAGCGCUGUCCAUUCAGUUGUGUUAGGCUUUGAAACAACACCCACAAUGACCAUGUUUUACACUCAGUUUCAACGUGCUGUUGAACUUCGUUCUUCAAAUUCAUCAUCACAGUGAGGUGAUUUUUGAAAGUAGGAUAGGCCUACUGUUUUGAUGAUGUGAUUUUCGAUAGCAUUUGCAUUGAUGUCAAAGUGGUUAGAGGGACAAUAGAGCAAUGAGUACCAGGCCAUUAGGACCUGAUGGUAGUUAUCAAGUUGGGUAAGCAUGUCCAGAGUACAUAAAAGGAGAUUAGUAUGACCACAACAGCCCUAUCUGUGAUCAACAGAUGCGUAUCUGUAUUCCCAGUCAUUUGAAAUCCAUAGAUUAGGGCCUAAUGAAUUUAUUUCAAUUGACUGAUUUCCUUAUAUGAACUGUAACUCAGAAAAGUAUUUGCAAUUGUUGCAUGUUGCAUUUUUUCUCCCCCAGUGUAGAAUACUAUGUACAGGGAUUUUACAUAAAAAAAUGUUCUCACAGUCAUUAUAAUAGUGAUAUUUUCUCUCUGCAGGCCUGUGCCCAAGCACCUCCACACUGCCGGUAGCAACGGGCGUUUCAGCACCAUCCAGUGUCGUAUCUCUCACUCAGCCCUCACCUCCCUACUGAGGGACUGGAGCAGCUUCGUACUGGUGGAGGGAUACUCAUACGUCAAGCUCAUAUACAGGUAAGGAGGAAUAGAGACUCAUGGGAAAUGUAGUUCACAAUGUGGAAUGAGACAGACCUGAGUUCAAAUAGUAUUUGUUUUUUCUUUGAAAUACUUAAAGGGAUACUUCGAGAUUUUGGCAAUGAAGCCCUUUAGCUACUUCCCCAGAGUCAGCUAAACUCGUAGAUACCAUUUUUAUGUCUCUGCUUGCAGUUUGAAGGAAGUUGCUAACUAGCGUUAGCGCAAUUGCUAACUAACGUUAGCGCAAUGACUGGAAGUCUACAGCAUUGGCACGCGAAACUACCUCUAACUUCUGUACAACCAUUGAAAUAUCUAAGUUUGACAUAUUAUUUUACUACACUGAUUCCACAAUUGAACGUCAGUAUGUCAUAAAUAUCUUUAUUUUAUUAGGAACAUUUUUCAUACACAAAUCAAAAUCUAUGAAGAAAAAAGCCCUUAUUUUUUUACUGAUUUGGGAAAAUAUUUAGAAUCAUUAAAACGUAUGCAAAACAAAAUGUCUCAAAAAAGUUUUCGCUACAUGUGUCUAUUUUAUUUGAUAUACAAUACCGUUCAAAAGUUUGGGGUCACUUAGAAAUGUCCUUGUUUUCCAUGAAAUUAGUUUGAAUAGGAAAUAUAGCAAAAUGCAUAGGAAAUGUAGUCAUCGACAAGGUUAGAAAUAAUGAUUGUGUCCUUCAAACUUUGCUUUUGUCAAAUAAUCCUCAAUUUGCAGCAAUUACAGCCUUGCAGACCUUUGGCAUUCUAGUUGUCAAUUUGUUGAGGUAAUCUGAAGAGAUUUCACCCCAUGCUUCCUGAAGCACCUCCCACAAGUUGGAUUGGCUUGAUGGGCACUUCUUACGUACCAUACGGUCAAGCUGCUCCCACAACAGCUCAAUAGGGUUGAGAUCUGGUGACUGUGCUGGCCACUCCAUUAUAGACAGAAUACCAGCUGACUGCUUCUGCCCUAAAUAGUUAUUGCGUAGUUUGGAGCUGUGCUUUGGGUCAUUGUCCUGUUGUAGGAGGAAAUUGGCUCAAAUCAAGCACCGUCCACAGGGUAUGGCAUGGCGUUGCAAAAUGGAGUGAUAGCCUUCCUUUUUCAAGAUCCCUUUUACCCUGUACAAAUCUCCCACUUUACCACCACCAAAGCACCCCCAGACCAUCACAUUGCCUCCACCAUGCUUGACAGAUGGCAUCAAGCACUCCUCCAGCAUCUUUUCAUUUGGUCUGCGUCUCACAAAUCUUCUUCUUUGUGAUCCGAACACCUCAAACUUCGAUUCGUCUGUCCAUAACACUUUUUUUCCAAUCUUCCUCUGUCCAGUGUCUGUGUUCUUUUGCCCAUCUUAAUCUUUUAUUUUUAUUGGCCAGUCUGAGAUAUGGCUUUUUCUUUGCAACUCCAACUAGAAGGUCAGCAUCACGGAGUCGUCUCUUCACUGUUGACGUUGAGACUGGUGUAUUGCGGGUACUAUUUAAAAAAGCUGCCAGUUGAGGACCUGUGAGGCGUCUGUUUCUCAAACUAGACACUAAUGUAUUUGUCCUCUUGCUCAGUUGUGCACCGGGGCCUCCCACUCCUCUUUCUUUUCUGGUUAGAGCCAGUUUGCGCUGUUCUGUGAAGGGAGUAGUACUCAGCGUUGUACGAGAUCUUCAGUUUCUUGGCAAUUUCUCGCAUGGAAUAGCCUUCAUUUCUCAGAACAAGAAUAGAUUGACGAGUUUCAGAAGGAAGUUCUUUGUUUCUGGCCAUUUUGAGCCUGUAAUCGAACCCGCAAUUGCUGAUGCUCCAGAUACUCAAAUCGUCUAAAGAAGGCCAGUUUUAUUGCUUUUUUAAUCAGUACAACAGUUUUCAGCUGUGCUAACAUAAUUGCAAAAGGAUUUUCUAAUGAUCAAUUAGCUUUUUAAAAUGUUAAACUUGGAUUGGCAAACACAACGUGCCAUUGGAACACAGGACUGAUGGUUUCUGAUAAUGGGCCUCUGUACACCUAUGUAGAUAUUCCAUAAAACAUCAGCCAUUUCCAGCUACAAUAGCCAUUUACAACAUUAACAAUGUCUACGCUGUAUUUCUGAUCAAAAAAUUGUUUAUCUUUCAAAAACAAGGACAUUUCUAAGUGACCCCAAACUUUUGAACGGUAGUGUAAUGUGGAUUUGUUUAGUUUUUUUCCUCUUCAUUAUUUCUUUAUGUAAUCCCUCUGGCUGUUCAGUUUUUUUGUGUUUUGCAUGUUGUUUAAAAUUGUUUUAAAAAUUAUACAAAAAUAUAUAUAACCUCUUCUUUCAUACUUGGCGCAGAGACAUAAAAAUGGUAUCCACGAGUUCAUCUGACUCUGGGGAAGUAGAUAUAGGGCUUCAUUGCCAGCAUCUCAAAGUAUUCCUUUAAGUAUUUGAAAGAAAAAAACAAAUACUAUUUGAACACAGGUCUGUCUCACUCCUUCAUUGCCAAAAUCUCGAUGUAUCCCGUUAAACUGUGAUUGAAUGACCCAAUGGAAUAGUCUCAAAAAGGCAAUCCCACUUGAGGCAUAUUCAAUCACUUGCACAAAGUAUUUGAAAGAAAACAUAUUCUAUUUGAACCCAGGACUGGAUUGAGAUACAGUACAUGACUGGAGUAAGGUUUAAUGAAUGUCCUGUCCCCAGUUCCUCUGACCAGCCCCCCAACUCCUUCUAUCUGGUGCGUCUGAUCUCCAAGGUCCCCUGUAUAGUUCUGAGGCUGGGCUUUCCUAUCGGCACCCUGGCCCACACCAGGAACAAGGUACUGGACAUGGUCGACACACCAAAAAUACUUUUAACCAUUGUUGAAUAGAGAAUAUAUUUUUAAUCUCAAGAGCAAGAGCUGUGCUAUUUCUCCUCACUGUAAACGGAACUAACAAGCAGGGAGAAGUAUUCAGUAAAAACUUGUGUGAAUAGUAAAAGAUGUCACUCACUAAGUGAAAACAUGUCACCUUUUCCUCAGAAUGUGUUGGUAUGACCUUUUGUUGCCAUUUGUGUCGAUGUUGUCUGUAAAUGUUGAUUGUUAACUCAUGGCUGAAUAUGCAAGACUAAUUCCUGAAAAGGGCCAAUAAAGGGAAGUGAACUAAAGUGAACUGUCUGUGUGGAAACUAACCCAUCCUAUUCUUCAGCUCCACCUUUUCUCUGCCCUCUAUCUUCCAGAUAGUGGAUGAGUUGCGGGAGCAGAUCCUGAGGCUUCGCUUCCCUCAGCGCAUCCAGAACAAGGAGGCUACGCCCAAGACCAAGAGGAAGAUUCUGGGGUCCCCUCCUCUCCCUGCUCCCAAACCUGCGUUAUCUGACCGGCCAUGUGUGGUGGUCCUCAACAAACCUCUGGAGAAACUGCUCAUCAGGUCAGUGGAAUGUAUUCAGAUUUGUGCCUUGAGCAUGGAAGCUACCCAGCAGGCACAACUGGUUGAAAUAAUGCUGGGUAACUUGCCAUACCAAAGCAAUUGGAUGGUAGCAUUUAAUUUUACCGUACUGUUCAAAGAAACAAAUAAGGUUAUUGAUUUACUUAUUGCUGUGUAAUUACCAUUUUACCAUGUCAUUUCUCAGGAAAUAUCUGGUUUCUGUACUGUAAAAUUAAGUGAUUCCAAUUGAUAUUUUUUCAGUCACGUGGCUUAUUACUGUAGAUGACAAUUAUUGAGGUCAUGAGACAUAAGGCAUCAGACUUUUGUUUGGAUUAUGAAGGCGUUUUGUCCUUUAUAAACGUGAGUGCUCUGAAUCUAACAGUGUCCAAUCUCUCCCUGUAGCUACAAUAAGCUCCCGUCAGACUUCCGGACGCCCUUCAUUCUGAACAUGGAGAACUUCGCCCAGCCCCCCAGCAUGACCGCGACACUCAGUAUGGCAGCCAAUCGGACGGCUUCGUCCACCCUAGCGUCUCUUUCGCGCUACUUUCUCCACCAACGGUGGGUGUGGGCGGUGCAGGGCGGCCUGGGAUCUACCGUUCCGCUGCAGGCUGUGGCUCAUAUACUGUCCAUGCUGUCUGAGUGAGUCCCCCUGGCAUGUCUGUUACCUGAAUCAUGCACUGUGAAUGUAAUGUUUUUGAUGUGCUUUACACCUGUUUACCUGAAUAUCUAUAUGCUGGCAUGCUUUAUGACACAGAAAGACUUUCCUGAUGGAUACAAGUCAUCAUUGUCAUAUCAGGGAGCUGUUAGGAAGUUCUUAGGGGUACUAACGUCUUGUGACUUGUUGCCUGAAAGUGUGUUUUGAUGUUCCCCCAGGAUUCGCCUCUCUGAGGGCUUUCAUUUUGCUGCCAGUGGAGAUGGCAUAGUCAACAUGGUGACUGAACUACCAAUGAAGGUGAGAGUAGAAUGCUGACUGGCUGGGGCAGUUAGGGACAAAAAAUAUUUACUAAACCCAUAUGAAUUCAUUACAUAAACCCUCAUGGUCCUUCGAGCUGGAUAAGAACAAUUUUACACACAUUUUACAGAAUAUGAAGUAAAAUUGUUAAAUCUAAACCAAACAAAACUCAUAUAACAUUAUCUACAUUUACACUGCAAAGAUUAGGCCGCACACAUACACAUAUUUUAAUCUGGAAAUAUUUAGGCCAGACAGUUUAUUACUGUACAGUGUUUGCAUUGAAUUCCUAUACAAAUCCAAUAGUAAGAAUUACUUGUAGGGGAUGCCAGAGGCGGUGGACAGAGAGAUUCACAACUGUAUUGUCCAGUAUAUCCUGUUUCAACCUCACUCCACCUCUACCAAGGACAGGUAAGACUGAAUUCCAUUAAGUAUUUGGCCACUGGUUCUAUUGCUUUAUUCCACACGUUCCAUACAUUCAACACAUUCUCCAACAUUAUCUUCAUAUAUUAUCCAACAGUUACAUUUAUAAGAACAGUUACUUUUAUUUAUAAGAACAGUUACAUUUACAAUAACUGUUUUUUAAACCUUUUGAGCACUUUGUUGCACAUUGCUAUUGGGUAUAUUUUGCUGGUUAUUUAGUCAGUAAAUUGUGCUAUUGCUGAAUAGGCUUCCAUAUGUCUCCUCCUGUCCUGACCCCUUGUCUUCCAUGAUGGGUCUCCAGUUUCUCCACAGACGAUGACAACGAUACAGAGGUGGAAGCCAUCGAUGUGGACACCGAGCUCAACCUGGUGACCGAGUGUUGGGUAGAGCCUCAGAGUAGGACAGUAUGGAGCACCAGAGACCAACACAGACACUUCCAUUAG